CUGUAAUAAAAUAUAAAAUGUGUAAAUUUACCAUAUAUAAAAUUAUAGACAAUUUAUCAUAUAUUAUUAAUUAAUAAGUGAAGGUAUGAGAUUUUUGAAAAUCUACAAGAGGCGUAGAAUAAAAAAAGUUGAGAAACACUACUGUACAUUGAUUUCGAUGAAUUGUAUGGGUGUUUCUAAUGGGAGUCGGGCCUACGGGAGUAUGCUAAAAUGCUAAAUUUUGAUAUGGUAUGAUAAUAAUAAAGUUAAAAUCUUGUAAUUAGUAUUGAUCCUAAAUUAUACCAAUACUAUAUACGACGUUGUAUAUAGUAUUAGAUUAUAAGCAUUGCAAUAUUCGCAAAUCGUUUCCGUAAUUCGUUCCCUCUACAAAUAUUUCACGGUGAAGACUUACUACUCAAGUCUCAAAGUUAGUUUUUAAUUAAUUUAAAUAAGUAAUUUAGUGAUUUAUAUUGUACGUACAAAAAUGGAGUGUAAAUUGUAAACAACAUUUAUUUAUUUUAAAUUUUCUCGUUUUAUAUUGUUUAUACUAAUUAAUUAUAACUACCAUGGACACAGAUGAACAAAUUCGGAUGUACAAUAUGACUGAUUAUUAUAUUGGUCUUGGACUUGCUUUGUCUUCGAGUGGUUUUAUCGGUAUGUAUUAUAAUGUUUAAAUAAUAAUAUUGUAUUAUUAUUAUUUUACCAAAAUAUAAAAACUUUUAAAAAUGUUGUGAAACAAGUUUAAUCUAUUAAUUUGUAUAAAUACCUACCUAUAACAUGUUUGAUCUUUAUGGGAUAACUAUCUUGAUUAUAAGGAAAAUUAAUAAUAUUUUAUAAAACGUGUAGAUCUGAUACUCAAAAUGUAUAUACUCUAUACUCUGUCCCACGAGAGAGCAUGCUGGAUCUGCGCAUUUUUUGUCGACUGACCAGGCCAUUGUAUCCCCUACAUGCAUUCAAAUUUUAUCGCCGGCAACAAUGGGUAUGCUCAUAGUCAACUAAUUUUUGUUAUCGUGUAGCAUGCUCUCUCGUAGGACAAAGUAUAGUAUAUUAUUUGGAUAUAGAUUAUUUGAGGAUUACAGUUAAUUAAUUGUCAAAGAAUAUUACUUGUGAUUUAUUAUAAAUUAUAAUUUAACUGUUUAAAUUACUAUAUUAUGUACAUUGCAGUAUUGUGAAAUUAUUCUUAAUAGAUGUAAAUACAAUUACCCAGUUAUAAUAUCUAUUAUAGAUAUGCCAUAUUUAUGUUGUUCUGUUUCUAUAUUAGACUUGUAUAUCAGUAGAAUAUACCGAUGAGAAAAAGUUAGAGAAUAAAUUGCCUGUUUUUGCUCAUUAGACAUACUAAUUCCGUUGAAAUAUAUAAUCCUGGUUAAAUUAUUUCUAGAACGUUUAGUAUUGACAAAUUUUCAAAAAUCUUUAGAAUUGCCUAUGAGCGAUUUUUCUCCACCUACAACGUACUCAUUAACCGCUGGAUGAAUAUUAACCGCGGCUCACACAAUUUUUCAACAACAAAUUACUUGCAAAUUGUGCAAAAUGCUAAAUCUAAAAUAGACCUAUGAUAAUUAAGGACAUUGUUAACUUGAAGAAAUUGUUAGUGACAAACAAUUCAAAAUUUCAGUGUGCACACACUGUUGGGAAAUAAUAAUAAAUGGCACUGUUGUUAUUACUCUUAGAUACUUCAGAUAGAUUGUAAUCACCAUAAAUGAAAUAGGAAUGUUCAGAGUAAUGGUUAGUGAGAAGCUUAAUAAAGACAAUGUGGGAUUCAUAAAUGAGAAGGAGAUUGAGGAGGAAUGUAGAUAUCACCAACAAUAAAACAGAAGGAACCUAUAGAAAAUAGAUAUAGAGCACAUUAAUGUGAUUAUCAUGAAUAGGGAAAACAGGAAUAUUUUUCAAAUGGCAAUAAGAACACCUUGGAAACAGUUUCUGACAGAACUACAUCUGUCAUACCUAAAAAUAUUGUAGCUACUAAGCCAAAUUUUGAGGUAAAAUAGUUAUUGGAUAACCAAAUUUCAGGCAGUACAUUUUUUUAGUUUUAUCAAAAAUCGCAGAGAUCUGAGAUUUGCACAGAAUACUUAUUUAAAAUUUUUCGAGACGUGGUUAAAUGUUCAAAAUAUUUUAGCAAUUUUCAAGUUAUUUAGAGCUCAAACUAAUUAAAAAAAAUUUUUUUGUGAUUUUAUUUUACUUAAAUACAAUUAUUUUUACCCAGCAGAAAUGCUUAAAAAUUUAACUAAGUACAUCAUUUAAGCACAUAUUUUGAUGAAAGUUGUAAAAUCAUUUGAAACAUAUUAUACCAAACUUUUUUCUGAAUUGUUUUUCAUUUGCGGUGAUUUAUUGUUACUUAUACCAGGUGAUUCAUUUAAGUUGGUACACUCAUUAGGUUGGAGGAGAGUAGUUGUGCAUUAUUAACAUGCUGCACGUCCUACCUAAACUUAAAAGUGGAAUAUCUCGUCAACAGCUUGACAGAAAUGAAAAAUUUGAGCACUCAUAUUUAUUUUAACUAAUACUCCAUCUAUUUAUGGAUAUUUUAAUAUAGGUUGCCUUUUGAAAAUCAAAAGUAGGUAGUGAUUUUACCCCUAAAAAUAAGGCUGACAAAGAAUAACAUAAAUAUAAUAUUGUAAAGCAGCUUGUUUCUUUAAUGUAGAAAACAAAUUAAGUAAAACGUUAAUACUUUCCAAUAUAAUAAGUGUAUCCACUUAAACGGAUCACCCGGUAUAAAUAUAAUUCAAAAAACUUUAUGUAUCCUACUUAUUACAGUGGCUCACCCGUUUGUAGUAUCACCUAAUGUAAUGCAAUUUUAUUACAGAUGUCUAUAAUUAUUUUUUUCAUUUUAUUAUGUUAUUUUAUAAAUUAUAAUUAUUUAUUAUUAUUAAUUAUUUUCUUUGUUUAGGAGCAAGUUUUAUUAUAAAGAAGAAAGCUCUAGUUCAAAUAUCUUUAGGAAGUGGACGUAGAGCAGCUAAUGGUGGUUAUGGAUACUUAACUAAUUGGUUGUGGUGGUUUGGAUUAUCAAUGAGUAAGAGAAUUGUUGUUUUAAUAUUACCUUUUAAAAUUAAAAAUUAUUAAAUUGUUAUUUUAUUAAUUAACUGUUUUAGUGGCUUUCGGAGAAGUGUUUAAUUUUGCAGCCUAUGCUUUUGCACCAGCUUCAGUGGUCACACCCCUAGGAGCAAUAAGUGUCAUUGUCGCAGCUAUAUUGUCUUCCAAAUACUUAAAUGAACAGCUUAAUUUAUUAGCAAAGGUAAAUAUAGGAUAAUAACUUUAAAUUGAUUAUUUAUUUUACUAUGGUAUGUUCGUGUUUUUUUUUUCCACCAGUGAACAUGAUUUUAACACUAUACAUGAAAAUAUUUCUUUGUCUGUGUUUUAAAAUAAAAUAGCUGCUUAAGAAUUUAUUUUUUUUCAUGCUUAAAGUAAUUUAUAAUAUUUUUUCAGUAUAAUUAUAUUGCAUUUUGGUUCUGAAAAUGGUACUUACAUUGUAAUAUUAAACAAAAAUGUACUUGUAUAAAUAGGAAUGUCUGAUGAUUGAUGAACAUGAAAAUCUGUGAUAUUUAUUUUUAUUUUUUAUUUACAUUCACAUGGAUCUUCGAUUUAAUGGACGGUGAAAUAUCACAAUCAGCAUGUGACCACUUCUAGAGUGUUAGGAAACACUUAUUCAAUCAUUGAAAUUGACAAUCAUUCGGCUACAAAUGUCCCUUAUUAAUUUCAUUAAUCACUCGUCUGAUGUUUGAAAAUGGUUCACAGUUUGUUCACAUAAACAUGUGACUUGACAUAAUUAUGACCUAGAGAGCAUGUAAAAUCAAACAGUCAUAGAAUUUCUCAUGCGGCAAAGUCAUUCUUUCGGGCUGUAUGGCUGGUUGCUCUGUCCUGUUGAAACCGCAGUGGGUCAACAUCAAUUCCUUCCAUUGCUAAGUUUUUCCAAUGUUGACUAUAAAAAGUUGUUGAUCAUGUCUCCAUAACAUUCAUUCACCAUUCACAGUAACAGUAUUACCACUAUUUUCUUAGUAAAAGAAGGGGCCCAAUAAUGCAUCCUGUUCACAAACCACACCAAACCUUGGUUCUUUGUGGUUGUAUUUCACAUUCCUUCAUUUAUCUAGUUUGACAGUUAUGUUUAUUAAUAUAUAAAGAGGCAUACCAAUUAUAUGAAUUUCAAAAUGAACAGGGAUAUCUAUGGCUGAGUGAUUGUCAAUUUCAAUGAUUGGAAGUGCCUGCUGACCCUUUGUAGUCAUAUGCUAGGUGUCAUUUUUGAUCAUUAAAUUGAAGAUCCUUGUGAAUGUAAAUAAUAAAAAGAAAAAUUGAAAUUUGACUAAUUCCUCACCGAGUUAUCUCAUUUUCAUAAAGAUAGUAACUUAUGAAGCACUUAUUAGUGUUAACCUGAUAUUAUACUUUUAUAUAUAUUUACAUAAAUAUUAAACCAAUAUAUAAUAUAUAUAUAUAUACAAACAGAUAUAUUAUGAGAUAAUAUUUCAUGACUUUAAUUGGUCAUUUAAAACUCCUUGUGGGAGGGGAUCACAAUACUCACAUGUUACCUCUACCUGUCAUUAGAGGUGACAAAUGUGGUUGUUUCAUGUCAAUAACCAGUAUAAAAUUCUGUAAAACUGUGUGAUAAUUUCUAAACAAGACUUUGGUAGACUAUUCCAUCUUGUGCAUCAAAAACAGAUGAGAAGUAUUAUGGUAUAUGAUAUUUUGCAUAUGAUACAAUUUUUAUUGGAGAAAAUCUGGUAGAAGUUUACAGUAGGCUUGAGAAAUAGAGAGUAGCACUUAAAGAAUUAGAUAUAAGGAAAUAAAACAGAUUAUGAGUUUCGAGGAACAGGACAAGACAGCUAUUAACCAUAAGCACUUAUAGGUGAGGUUGAGAGUUUUGAAUACCUAUGAUUCAUAAACCGGUUUUAUGAGGAUGUGAAACAUAAGGUUAUGUGUGGUCAAAUGUAAACUGUAUAAGUUGGAUUAAGUGGAGAUAAGUGUCAGGUGUUUUGUGCGACAUUGGAAUUAUAAUGAGACUUAAAGUUUUACAGAACUGUUUUGAGUAUGCCAUAGGAAGAGAGGAAUCUUAAGCAGUAAGCAUUUUAAUGAUUAUAAACACUAGUAGAAAUAAAUAGUUUGAAAAUGAUUGACAAUAAUACGAGAACAGCUGAUGUAUGGGAGGUGGAUUAUCUAUUUAAAUCAAUUGUUAGUUUAGAAUGAGGGUGGCUAACACCAAAUAGUUGAGAUGAAGAAGAAAAAAAAGAAUAGAUCAUUUAAAACAUUAAGCUUUUCAGCAGUUAUUUUAUGAUUCAACACAAAUGGAGAAAUAUUUUCAUGUAUUGUAUAUGGUCACUGUCACAAACAACGAAUCUUUGACAUUAUAUGUGAUGUUAAAAAUUAUCCUAACUAGGUAAGGUUUUUUUGGUCAUACUAUGUACUAUAAUUUAAGUCAAUAAUACAAAUUAAAAAUUUUUGGGUUAAAUGGUCUUUUAACAUUUCGUAGAUGUAUUAUAACUGAUAAUUAAGUUAUUUAUGGAUAAUUAUUAAAACUAUUGAGUUUUUUUCAUUUUAUUUAUGUGAAUAAAAUUCCCCUUCUUUAAAAGAACAUUGGUAAUUUAGUACAAGUAAACAAAGGUUGUUUUUACUAGUAAAAAAACAAAUAAGUUUGAAAUUCAAAAUUUCGCAAAAUCACAAAAAUGUUUGUAAAACUAUGGUAACCAAAAAAAAAAAAAAACCCACACAAAACAUUAAAUUUUAAUAUAAUUUUUUUUCUUUAUUCAAUAUUAUUUAUUAUUAUUUUUAUUUUGUUAUAAAUUGUGUAUUUAUCAUUAUUUAUAUUGUAUACAUAUAUAAAUAAUAAAAACUAAAAUAAUAAGUUAUUGAAAAAAUAGACUAUCGAUAAAUACAAACUACUAUCAUACAAACUGCACAAUAAUACAGUCAGACUUAUACAUCUAGAUGAAACAUUUACCCCAAAUACUAGGAGGCGUGGUCGGUCUGAGCAGAUCAUAAAAGAUGGACUAUAUAAUAUAAAGCCUAGUGUAAGAGACAACAAAUUUGCACUUUAAGGACAGCCAAUUAAAACACUGUUUAUUAUCUCACUUGUAUCUGUCCUUGAAAUGAAACUUCAUUGGUCAGAACAAGUUCGCAUACUAAAUGUCUUGUUUAGAUGUAUAAGUCUAAGAUACAGUACUAUGUUGUAUAUAUACAUUACAGACCAUAAAUAAAUGAUAACAUUGAUUUGAUAAAUUUUAUUAUCGCUUUUUCAACAGCUCUACGGAUAACUGAUGGUCACAAUAAAUAUAAAUUUAAUAAUUCUGAAAUCCAAAAAAAUUAACUGUAACACUAUAACACUAGGUGGGUUAUUUUUCUUGUAUAAUUUUUAAUUAGAUUUUUUUUUCUGUAACCAUAAAUUAUACAAUAAUAAUUAUUUUUGAAAGUGAUUUUAUAAAUACUUGCAUGUAAUCUAACACGAAUGAUGAAGUGAUAAAACUAUAAAAAUAAAAAAGAUAAAUAAAGCUAAUAGUGUGGAUUAGUGUGUCUCUGUUGUAGGUGGUAAGUUGGGAAGGUAGGAAAUAUUAAGUUAUUUAAAUUAUAUCUGUAAGCAACAAUAAACAUUACUAACAAAAAAAACAAUUCUGAGCGAAGUUUGGUUAUACAUGUGUUAAAAGACUGUAAUUUUUAAGAUUUUGUCAACAUUUCAUCAUGAAAUAUUUUUAAAAUAUUACUAUGUCUAGAAAAGGUUAAUAUAAAAUUAAAAUAAGUAUUCUGUAAACAUUUUAGCUCUAUGAUAAUGUUUAACCAAUUUACAACGAAAAUAAUAACAUUAUUAAUACCGUAAAAUUUCUCAUAUUUCCUAUUUUUAUUAAUUAUUAUGAAAACUGGUUGAUAGAUUAAAACAAGUUUUUUUUUUUAUAACCAACAAGAUCUAAAAUUCAACAAAAAAGGUCUUGUAAGUAUAUUAACCCAAUGGUUAUAAGUCAUAAACUUAGUUUAAAAAUCAGAUUAACAAAAGUAUUUAUGUUGGUGAAAAAGGCCCUUAUUAUUCACAAUAUAUUUUAGUAUUCCCUCCUAAUAGAAACCAUUUCAUUUCAUAUCUUGCCCUAUUCUACCUCAAAUAGGCAUAACUCAAUUUUUAAUAAUAUCAGUUUAUGUUGUUCGUAUAAUGUUUUACAAUUUAAAUACAUUUUAUCUUAUAUUUAUAUUUAUUAACGCCCAAUAGCAAUAUCAAGUUUAAGAAUAUGUGUACAGGUAGAAAUGCUUACAAGGUGUAAGAGAAUUUUUUUAUUACAGAGACACAUAAAAGUAAAAAGAUAUGGCCAGAAGCCCGACAUUAUAAUUAUAAAACAUCUAGUGAAGAAGUUGAUUAUCAUUAUCUUAUUAACACAUUAUUGAUUCCUAACUUACCUUUACACCGUUAUAUUCUCUUUAUAAAUUAAAUGACUGACUAUUUAAAUUUAUACUUAUAAAUAAUAAUAAUAGUUUGCAAAUAACUAAUUGCUUCAAAAAAUAAAACUCAUUUUCAUAUUUUUAGAUUGGUUGCUUUAUGUGUAUUAUUGGUUCAACAGUAAUAGUUAUUCAUUCACCAAAAGAAGAAGAAAUUAAUAACCUCGAAGAUUUAUUACAGAAACUUACAGAACCUGGUUUGAUCAUACAUUUAUGAGUUAAACUAAUAUUUAUUUGUAUACAUAUUUUCAAAUUAUUAUUUCUAGGUUUCAUUAUUUACACUAGUAUAAUGCUAAUUAUUAUAACAUCAAUUUACUUCUAUUUUGGUCCGCGGUAUGGUUCUUCAAAUGUUAUAGUUUAUGUUAUAAUGUGCUCAACCAGUGGUUCAUUGACUGUAAUGUGGUGUAAAGGACUUGGUCUAGCUAUCAGAGAAACAAUAGCAGGUAUGUUUUUGCGUAUUAUAACUAUUACACAAUUUUUAUGUUUUUGUUUGGUAUUUGUAAUAAUAGGUCAAAGUGAAUUCUCAAACUGGUUAACAUAUAUGUUUAUCGUCUUACUGAUUGCAUUUGUAUGUAUACAAAUGAAUUAUUUAAACAAAGCCUUGGACACAUUUAACACUGGAGUAGUAACACCAGUUUAUUAUGUUAUGUUCACUUCUCUUGUGAUAACAGCAUCGACAAUACUGUUCAAAGAAUGGGAACAUCUAAAAUUAAAUGUAUGUUUGAAUUGUUUUAACAUCAGUCAUCGCCACAGUUAAUUUUAAAUUAUUCUCAAUUUUAAUUUUAGGAUAUCAUUGGUAUUAUUUGUGGGUUCCUUAUAACUGUAAUAGCAAUAUUUAUGUUGAAUACGUUUCGUGAUGUGGAUAUGUCUCGAAGUCAUUUUGCGUGGCGAUCUCGUCAGCCAGUCGUCAGAAAAACUACAUUUGAAAAAAUUACUCAAACAUCAUCCCUUAUGGAAAAUAAUGCUCAAUAUGGUACCCGAAAUGUUUGACAUUCGGAUCCCAACACAAUUGAAUUUAAGAUCAAAAGGAAAACUGCAUGGAUUUCCAAAUCCUCUCAAUCAGGAUAAUAAAUAAUUAUUAUAAUAUUUAUUUAUUUUCUCAAUUUUUCUAAAUAUAUAUAUAUAUAUAUAUAUAUAAAAAAAGAAAUGUUUAUAGUUACACUUUUACUAAUAGUUGUUUUUAUUGUGUAUUGUGUUGAUUUUAUAAAUAUUGUAUUUAUUUUCCUAACACUAACAAAUUAGUAUAUAUUUGUCAGUAAUUUUCUUUUUGUUUUUUUGUAUUUUAAAGAUAAGAAAAUAUAUAUAUAUAAACUUUUAUCAUAAAUUAUAUUUAAUCAUUUAAUUAUUUGUUGUUAAAAAAAACCAUAGUUUUAACAGAAUUCAUAAAAAUGACCAAAUAUAAAAUAAGUAAUACAAGAAUUAACAAAAUUUGUAUUUUUGUUACCGUUGCAUUGUACACAUAAAUGUAAGACUGCUUUAGGAUUAAAAAUAUAAAUAUAUUUAUUAUACAAAUUAUGGUUAUCAUUUAUAAAUAGUUUGAACCUUUAUACCUUAUUCAAAAUUAAAUAAUAUAUUUUUUAAUUUAAUAAUAAAUUGUUUUGAUUUUUACAUAUUCUGUUUGGUUUGUUCAAUUAUACUCCUUGAAAUGAUCAAUCGUUGAAUUUGAGCUGUACCUUCAUAAAUUUGAUAUAUUUUUGCAUCCCUCAUUAAUUUUUCAACAGGAUACUCUGUGUUGAAACCAUUUCCGCCAAAAAUCUAAAAUCAUUAUUAUUAUUAUUAUUGUCUUAAAAACAUAAGUAUAGGUACUUGAAUAUAUUAUAGCUAUUAUCACAUAACACAUACUUGAACAGCAUCAGUUGCACAUUUAUUUGCCACAUCUGCAGCAUAAGCUUUUGAUAUAGAUGCAUAAUAUGAAUUACGACGCCCUUGAUCAACUUCAAAAGCAGCUUUCAUAUAUGUAAGACGAGCAGCCUCAAUGCCAAUGGCCAUAUCAGCCAACAUAAAAGCAACAGCCUUA